AGAAGACACAGAAGAGGAAUGAAGCUUCUACUGCUGCUGAGUGUAGGGCUGGGCCUGACCUGGACCCUGCAGGACCAAACCCUCGUGCCUGUGCAGCAGGGCUUCCACCCCGAGCAGGUGAUAGGAUCUUGGUACACCCUCAUCCUGGCUUCCACUGACCCGUCUGCCAUUGAGGAAGGAGGGGCCUAUCUGUGCUACAUGACUGGCAUUGUCCUCCUGGACAACGGCAGUCUGAAUGUCACCUACUUCCACAGGGAAGAUGGACAGUGUGUGAAGAAUUUCUACAUUGCAGAAGAGACUGACACACCUGGACGCUACACCUUCGAGUACCACGGCAAAAACUAUCUGACUUUUGUGGAAGUUACUGAGGACUUCAUCAUCAUAGACUUGGAAAACCAGAGUGAAGAAGGCUCCCUCAUCGUGACCGAGCUCCACGGCAAGACUCUGUCCACAGAUGACAUUGGGUGGGACCACUAUUACAGUUACAUAUGCAGAAGAGGCAUCGAAAUAGAGACCACUGUGGAACUUCCCUUGUCUGACUGCCCCUCCACACCCUCAAGAAAGCAGGGUGAGCCCUAUUAG